AAAAAUUAAGCAAACGCGCGUAAAAUGGUGACAAGACUACAUUUCUCUUUAGUCUACAGCGUGGCCCAUUGACUCUUUCUCUUCCCAAUUGCCAAUAGAAAACCAAAAGACAACCCAAAGUCCUUCAAGUCAACGUCGAAUGAACAAACACCACACGAUUUUUUGGUUUAUUAUAAGUAGUUCCGAUGAAAAGGAUGGAGCGCCUGGGAGAGAAUUAAGGGAGAGGAGAUCAGAAAAUUAGAUGGAAGAACUUAAAGAAGCCGCCAUUAAAAACGAUGUUGAAGCUCUUGCUCGGUUACUUCAGAAAGAUAAACUUAUUCUUGAUCGACUCACGCUGAAUUCUCAUGAUAUGAACCCUCUUCAUAUCGCAGCAAUGUUUGGCCAUGUGGAAUUUGUCCAAAGAGUUCUGCUUGCCAGUCCUGAUUUGUGUUUAGCUGGUGAUCGAUUCAGAAGAAUCCCUUUACAUCUGGCAAUCAUCAAGGGGAAACUGGAUGUUGUGAGAGAAUUAGUUCAUGCCAGGCCAAUUUCAGCUCGGGAAAAGAUCGAUGGAGGAGGAAAUGCUCUGCAUUUGUGCGUCAAGUACAAUCAGUUAGCUGCUUUGAAGUUGUUGAUCGAAACUAUAAAAGAUGAUGAUUUUGUUAACCGGAAGGAUGAUGAUGGGAUGACCAUAUUACAUCUCGCAAUUUGCGAUAAGCAAACAGAGACAAUUAAAUACUUGCUUGGAAACAACCAAGUCGUCGUACAUGUGAAUGUUAAGAAUUCAAAUGGAAGCACCCCAUUAGACCUUUUCCAAGGAGACUGCGACCCGGAAAUUGGACGGAUUCUUCAUCAAGCUGGAGCCAGAAGAGGAAGAGAAUUACUUGAUUCAUCAGUGUCAGCAUCGAAAUCUUCCGGCGAAAAGCCGGCAAAAAAGGGCAACGGCGACAACGAUUGGCUAUCCAGGAAAAGGGAUGCGAUAAUGGUGGUUGCCUCACUUAUAGCAACAAUGGCAUUCCAAGCCGGCGUUAGUCCAACCGGCGGGGUUUGGCAAGAUGAUUCAAAUCCUGACGGACCAGCCGGAACAGCGGUGAUGGCACUGAAGCAUCCGAAAUAUUACAAAAAUUUUGUCAGGACUAAUACAGUAGCCUUUGUUUCCUCCCUGAGCACGAUUCUGUUCCUAAUAAGUGGUUUGCCAUUUAGGUACAAGUUCUUCAUGUGGGCUCUAAUGGUGGUUAUGUGGUUGACCAUUACAGCCAUAGCUUCAACUUAUGGCAUAUCAAUUCUUAUGGUUACUCCGGUACAUCAGAAGAAGGAUUUGAGUCAAGUUAUUAAAACUUCUGUCACGGUUUGGUGUGGCGUGAUGUCGCUUUUGCUGCUCGGAAACACAAUUCGACUGAUAAACCGGUGGAUUAGGAAACGAUAUGGCGUUGAUAUGUUUAGAAAGCUCAGGAGGCAGGGGAGUUGUUCUGCAGCUCCGGCGCAGAGCAAUGGUCACCAAGGAAGUAGUCUUCCGUAUGUAAGUGUUGAAUUAAACAAGGUGUAACUGUAUACUCUAUUCCACUGAUUAGGAAAUUUUUGAAUCCUUUUGAAUUUGCAAAUAAUUUAUUCCCUCUGUCCCAUAAUUAUUGUCUAGUUUGGGUUUUUAUUUCUAGGUCAAAUUAUACUAAAAAUAAAAUCUCAAACUGGACAAUAAUUUUGGGACAGAGUAGAUUUUAUAGCUUUACUGGAUUUACAUCUUAGAUUCUCUC